GCGCGCGGCGGGGCAUGUUUGCCGAGCACCUGGCCGAGUGCCGGGAGCUCGGCGCCCAGGCCAGGGCGGAGCUUGCGAAGGCCUGCGCGCUGCCGGAGCAGGAGCGGUGCGCCGCCGCCGCCGCCGUCUUCGGCCUGCUGAAGCAGGCCGAUGACACCCUGCAGUCUCUGCAGCUCGCCGCCCGGCACGAAGCACCUGCUGACCGCGCGAAGCUGGCGAAGGAGGAGGCGGGGCUGCGGGCCGAUCUGCGCCAGAUCGCGCAGGACCUGGAGUCGGCGAGGAAGGACCGAUCAAGCGCCGUGCCAGCGAUUCCAAGUCACUGCGUGUCCAUGCCCGCUCCUGGCUCGCAGGCGGCCGAUCGUCGUUUUGUCUGGGAGCAGGCGCGAGCGCCCCCCCGCGUUCACGUGGCAGUGUUCUGA